AUGGGCAAUUAAUAAUCAAGUGAAUCUUAAAAUGAAUUUCUACAUAAGAGAUUAGAUCCUAAUUAUGGAGAAAUUAGUAUAUAUAAAAAUAAAUCAAACAAUCUCAUUUUCAUAGAAAUAAAAUAAGUUUUCUCAAAUGAUGCCAAAGUAGAAGAAAUAAAAGCAAGUUUAGCAAAAAGGUAUUAUAUGAAGUAAAGUAAGAUUACAAUUGAAUCAUAAAUGUUUAGUGAAAAUUAUUUCAUUUGAUAGUGGAAAAACAGAUGAUUUUUGCAGUUCAUUGAUAAAAUUAUCAAUUAUUGUUGAAUAUUUAAAUGAAACCUUAUAAAAUGACAUUCAUUAAAGAAAGAUUCAUAAAAAAGGAUAUUCAGAACAAGAACUUUGUUAUAUUCUUUAUGAGAUUGUUAAUCUAUGUCAUUACAUGAAAACACUAAAUGAUGAAAUUGUUGAUAUUUAUCCAUAAAGAAUCCUGAUUGAUAAUAAUAGAUAAAUAAAAUAUGUUGAUUAGUUUCUUGAUAAUUCAAAACUAAGUAAUUAUUAUUAGGUUUAUUUUGGAUAAAGAGAUUUAGAGUAUUUAGCACCAGAACAAUUAAUUCUCUUAGCUGAAAAAGAUAAAAAAGAUAAUACAGAUUAAGAAUUAGUAAAUAUAUUUUGUUUAGGCCUUAUGAUGGUAAGUCUAAUGAGUGGAUAAAGAUGUGUUGAAUUUUUUGAUCAAGAGAAAUUAUAAUUUAAAAAGGAUUAUGUAAACUAAUUAAUAAAUAAAUAUUGUCUAAGAUACUAAUUUAGUGAUUAUUUUAAAUUUAUUGUUUAAUCAAUGCUUAAAUUAAAUAAUGAAGGUAGACCAAAUUAUGAAAGCCUUUUAAAAAUUCUAAAUCAAUAAAAAGAUAAUUUUGCAAACUUUAUUUAUCCUAUAGACAAUUCAAUAGGUAUUAAAACUUAUUAUAAUAGAAAGACUCGAAUCAUAAUUUCGUUCUUUCCACACUCAUCAUUCAGCUUCGAAAUCUAAUAUUUUACUGACUGAUCCAGUUGAUUUCAGAGAAAUUGAUAAAAGAAUUGAAUCUGCUAGAUAAAAGGCACAAAAUACUUUAGAUGAAAUAGGAUUAGAUUUGAGAUUAAAUAGAUUUGGAACCCCACAAAUUAAUAUAAUAGAAGCUAGUGAAUGA